AUGAAUAAGUUGACUGUAACUGAUCGAUUAUUUGAACAACACCCAGAUGCCACUAUGCGGCUCGGUGCUUCUACAAUUCAAAAAUGCACUGCAGCAAUAAGGAUGUUAGCAUAUGGUUGUGCAGCUGAUCAAGUUGACGAGUAUCUAAAACUUGGGCCAAGUACGGCGAAAGAAUGCCUUACGCAUUUUGUUGAUGGGGUGAUUCGUGAAUUCUCAACAGAAUAUCUUCGUAAACCAACAUCUGAAGAUCUUGUUCGUCUCCUUAGACAAGGGGAAGAGAGGGGUUUUCGUGGUAUGAUGGGGAGCAUCGAUUGUAUGCAUUGGGAGUGGAAAAAUUGUCCAGCUGGUUGGAAAGGGAUGUAUCAAGGAAGAUCUAAAAGGGCGACAGUGAUCUUAGAAGCUGUUGCUUCUUGGGAUUUAUGGAUUUGGCAUGCCUUAGUACGCCAGGGACGUGCAACGAUAUUAACGUUCUUCAGCGUUCUCCAGUCUUUGAUGAUGUUUUGA